AUGAGGGGCUCUGGGGUUUAUCCCAAUCACUACACCUUCUCUGCAGUUUUAUCUGCUUGCGCUCACACUAUGGCUUCUGUUCACGGGGACCAGAUGCAUUCUUUGAUCUGGAAACACGGCUUCCAUUCUGAAGUCUUUGUUGCCAGUGCAUUAGUCGACAUGUAUGCCAAGUGUUGUGAUAUGUGCGUUGCUGAGAAGGUGUUUGAGGAAAUGCCCGUGAGAAACCUUGUUUCUUGGAAUGCUAUGAUUGUGGGGUUCUUGCAGAACAAACUCUAUGAUCGGGCCAUUCUCUUCUUUAAGACGCUUCUACUUGAGAGCCUAACUGCUCCUGAUGAAGUCAGUUUCUCCAGUGCCUUGAGUGCUUGUGCCAAUGUUGGUAACUCGGAGUUUGGGAUACAAGUUCAUGGAGUUGCUCUGAAGCUUGGUGUCGGGAAUUUGGUUUAUGUAAAUAACUCGCUGAUUGACAUGUAUAGUAAAUGUGGCUUAUUUGAUGAAGUUGUGAAGUUGUUCUCGAAAAUUGGAGUUAGAGAUGUUGUUACUUGGAAUAUAAUGAUCAUGGCAUGUGUUUAUAAUGACAGUUAUGAAGAUGCCUGCAAUAGUUUUUGGAUGAUGAAGAGGGAAGGUCUAAUACCUGAUGAAGCAUCAUACUCCUCCGUUCUUCAUUCUUGUGCAAAUCUUGCAGCACUACAUCAGGGCACAAUAAUCCAUAAUCAUAUCAUAAAAUCUGGGUAUGUGAAGAAUUUAUGUGUUGCAAGUUCUUUGGUUACAAUGUACGCAAAAUGUGGCAGUUUGGUAGAUGCUUUUCAGAUAUUUGAAGAGACCGACGAUCAUAAUGUGGUUUGUUGGACCGCCAUAAUUGCAGCUUGCCAACAACACGGCCAUGCUAACCGGGUUGUUGAAUUAUUUGAGGAAAUGUUGGGAAAGGGGAUUAAACCCGACUAUAUUACUUUUGUUUCUGUUCUCUCUGCUUGCAGCCACACUGGUCAGGUCGAAGAAGGAUUCUUCUACUUUAAUUCAAUGGUUAAAGUGCAUGGUAUUAACCCUGGAUAUGAACAUUAUGCUUGCAUGGUUGACUUGCUCGGUCGUGCCGGGCAGUUGGAUAGAGCUAAGAGGUUUAUAGAACUGAUGCCUAUCAAACCAGAUGCCUCGGUUUGGGGUGCUCUACUUAGUGCUUGCAGGAGCCAUAGCAACCUUGAAAUGGGUAGGGAAGUGGCUAUGAAACUUUUUGUUUUGGAACCGGAUAAUCCGGGAAAUUAUGUCCUGCUUUGUAACAUCUUUACACGUAAUGGAAUGCUAAAUGAGGCUGAUGAGGUUAGAAGAAAGAUGGAAACCAUCGGGGUGCGGAAAGAACCAGGAUGUAGUUGGAUUGACAUUAAGAAUUCAACAUUUUUAUUCACAGUGCAUGAUAAGUCACAUGAGAAAACGCAGGAGAUUUAUGAGAUGUUGGAAAAGCUGAAGGAGUUGGUAAAGAAGAAAGGAUAUGUGGCUGGGACUGAAUUUGCAAUAAAUAUUGCAGAAGCAUACAAGGAGCAAAGCUUGUGGUACCAUAGUGAGAAACUAGCUCUUGCAUUUGGACUGCUGAGUCUUCCUGCUGGGGCUCCAAUUAGGAUAAAAAAGAAUCUGAGAACUUGUGGAGAUUGUCAUACCGUGAUGAAGUUCGCUUCAGAAAUUUUUGCCCGAGAGAUUAUAGUAAGAGAUAUAAGCAGAUUUCACCACUUCACCAAUGGCAUUUGUUCCUGUAGAGAUUACUGGUGA